AUGUUCCACAGUCCUAUUGUGCCGCAUGCGAGGAAGAGGUCAAGGCCAGCCGAAGCAAGCGCUCCCAAGCGGGAAGAGGUGAAGUUUGAGGAUGUCAGACUGUACCUGGUGGAGAGGAAAAUGGGCCGCAGCAGGAGAAGCUUUCUGACCGAGCUGGCCAGGUCAAAGGGCUUUAUUGUGGAAGACGUCCUCAGCGAUGCGGUCACUCACGUGGUGUCGGAGGAUAGCCCGGCAUCAUCUGUUUGGGCGUGGCUGAAAGGACGGCAUCUGAAGAAUCUACCUGUCAUGCACGUGUUGGACAUCAGCUGGUUCACUGACAGCAUGAGAGAGGGGAAACCUGUUGCUGUGGAGACUAGACACCUUAUUCAGGACACCUUGCCUGCAUUGCCGGAAGGCACAACACCCACACCCGUGUCCACAGUGUCUCAAUAUGCCUGCCAGAGACGGACCACCACACAGAACAAUAACCAGAUUUUCACGGAUGCAUUUGAAGUGCUGGCAGAGAGCCAUGAAUUCAAUGAGAUGGAAGGUCCAUGCCUGGCCUUCAGGAGGGCUGCCUCUGUGCUGAAGAGUCUGCCUUGGCCAGUGCAGUGUUUGCGGGCCACCGACGACCUGCCCUGCCUGGGGGAACACUCUAACUUUGUCAUAGAGGAGAUCCUUCAAUAUGGCCGUUCGUUUGAAGUCGAGAAAAUACUCUCUGAUGAAAGGUAUCAAACGCUAAAGCUGUUCACAAGUGUGUUUGGGGUUGGACCUAAGACAGCCGAGAAGUGGUACCGCAGAGGGCUGCGCUCAUUCAGCGACGUUCUGGCGGAGCCCGACAUUCAUCUAAACCGGAUGCAACAAAGUGGUUUUCUGCAUUAUGGAGACAUCUCCAGGGCUGUCAGUAAAGCAGAGGCCCGGGCCCUGGGGAACAUUAUUGACGAAGCUGUCCAUGCGAUCACACCGGACGCCAUACUCGCACUGACAGGUGGCUUUCGCAGGGGGAAAGAGUUCGGCCAUGAUGUAGACUUUAUCGUGACCACGCCACAGCUGGGGAAGGAGGAGUGUCUUCUCACCGGCACUAUUGAUAGACUGAAACAGCAAGGCAUUCUUCUCUACUGCGAUUACCAGGCCUCUACUUUUGAUGAGUUGAAGCUUCCCAGCCACAGGUUUGAGGCCAUGGACCACUUUGCAAAGUGCUUCCUGAUCCUGCGGCUGGAGGACAGCCAAGUAGAGGAAGGUCUCCAAAGUGCCAAGGAAGACAGCAGGGGCUGGAGGGCUGUACGUGUGGACUUAGUAUCGCCACCUGUGGAUCGUUACGCCUUUGCUCUCCUUGGCUGGACCGGCUCCAGGCAGUUCGAGAGAGACCUGAGGAGGUUUGCUCGAAUGGAGCGGCGAAUGCUGCUGGACAAUCAUUCCUUGUAUGACAAAACAAAGAAAGAGUUCCUGGCAGCUACAACUGAAAAGGACAUCUUUGCCCAUCUGGGUCUCGAGUACAUCGAGCCUUGGCAGAGAAAUGCGUAGGCCUCAGCUCCUCCCUGGCUGGAUGAUACCCUAUGCAUACAUCAGUGUUUAUCCCAUCUGCUUGCCGUUAUGUGGCUCUCCUGUGAUUCACUUUCCAACAGCUUUUGAUUUCCAUACACUUUUGUGUUGUUGUUGCCAAUAUUGUUAUUGUCUAGAUUACAUGCCGAUGUGUGAUUCAUAAUUCUGCUUAUUCACUAUUGUCUGUCAGCAAAUAAAUA